CUCGCGGCUCCUUCCCCCUUCUCGGUGGAUCGCGACCCGGUUCCAAUCGCGGACUCAUGCUCCCCAGCUCACGCUGCCGGGCUCCUUCCUUCCCCCCAGAGCCUUGACUGUAGCUGCCGCCCAGGCCCGGAACCGCACGGCCCGGCCGUCCCCCGCGAAGGAGCAGGCGGCGCGGGGGCGUGCUGGGCGGGGGAGGCGUGGCGGGAGCCGUGGGGGACGGAGGACUGGCCGUGCUUCUCCGCCUUCUUCCCAGCGGGCGGCUCAGACCAUGUCGCCAGAAGAAUGGACGUAUCUAGUUGUUCUUCUUAUCUCCAUCCCCAUCGGCUUCCUUUUUAAGAAAGCUGGACCUGGGCUGAAGCGAUGGGGAGCAGCAGCUGUGGGCCUGGGGCUCACCUUGUUCACCUGUGGCCCACACACUUUGCAUUCUCUGGUCACCAUCCUUGGGACAUGGGCCCUCAUUCAGGCCCAGCCUUGCUCCUGUCAUGCCCUGGCUCUAGCCUGGACCUUCUCCUAUCUCCUGUUCUUCCGAGCCCUCAGCCUGCUGGGCCUGCCCACUCCCACGCCCUUCACCAAUGCCGUCCAGCUGCUGCUGACACUGAAGCUGGUGAGUCUGGCCAGUGAAGUCCAGGACCUGCACCUGGCCCAGCGGAAGGAAAUGGCCUCAGGCUUCAGCAAGGGCCCCACCCUGGGGCUGCUGCCCGAGGUUCCCUCCCUGAUGGAGACGCUCAGCUACAGCUACUGCUAUGUGGGAAUCAUGACAGGCCCGUUCUUCCGCUACCGCACGUACCUGGACUGGCUGGAGCAGCCCUUCCCGGGGGCCGUGCCCAGCCUGCGGCCCCUGUUGCGCCGGGCCUGGCCGGCCCCGCUCUUUGGCCUGCUCUUCCUGCUGUCCUCCCACCUCUUCCCGCUGGAGGCCGUGCGCGAGGACGCCUUCUACGCCCGCCCGCUGCCCGCCCGCCUCUUCUACAUGAUCCCCGUCUUCUUCGCCUUCCGCAUGCGCUUCUACGUGGCCUGGAUUGCUGCCGAGUGCGGCUGCAUUGCCGCUGGCUUUGGGGCCUACCCUGUGGCCGCCAAAGCCCGGGCCGGGGGUGGCCCCACCCUCCAAUGCCCACCCCCCAGCAGUCCGGAGAAGGCGGCUUCCCUGGAGUACGACUAUGAGACCAUCCGUAACAUCGACUGCUACAGCACAGACUUCUGUGUGCGGGUGCGGGAUGGUAUGAGGUACUGGAACAUGACGGUGCAGUGGUGGCUGGCACAGUAUAUCUACAAGAGUGCACCUGCUCGCUCCUAUGUCCUGAGGAGCGCCUGGACUAUGCUGCUGAGUGCCUACUGGCACGGCCUCCACCCUGGCUACUACCUAAGCUUCCUGACCAUCCCGCUGUGCCUGGCCGCUGAGGGCCGGUUGGAGUCAGCCCUGCGGGGGCGGCUGAGCCCCGAGGGACAGAAGGCCUGGGACUGGGUGCACUGGUUCCUGAAGAUGCGAGCCUAUGACUACAUGUGCAUGGGCUUUGUGCUCCUCUCAAUGGGUGACACUCUCCGGUAUUGGGCCUCCGUCUACUUCUGCAUCCACUUUCUGGCCCUGGCAGCCCUCGGGCUGGGGCUGGCUUUGGGUGGGGGCAGCCCUAGCCGGCGGAAGACGGCAUUGCAGGCCACCAACCUUGCCCCAGAAAAGCUCCGGGAGGAGUAAGCUGCCCCAGUGCUCUUUGCCAACUGGUCCAGCCACCAAGCUUUUGUCUGGGAAUUCUUUGAACCAGGCUGCUGUCUCCUUUCCCAGAAAGAGUCCUUAAUUUGGCUAGGGGCCUGGAGAGGAUUCCCUUUUCCCCAGCUAAAUACCUGCCUCCAAUUGAAGCAAAGCUGGGGGUGCCACCUCCCCGAGUUCUCCCUGCUUCCUGGUCCACUGCCCUGGGGCCUCCAGGAAGCCACUUACCCCUCCUCUAAAAUCAAGGUAUUGUCCAGACAAGAAUCUCCCUUUGUUUCUGCUCCAGCUUCUGGAUGUUUCAGAAGAGCUGCGCUUCCCCAAAAUGACAGAGGCCAAUGGACAGAGUGGCUUCUUAGGCAAAUUCCCUUUGGAUCCACAGUGGGUGGGUAGGAGCUUCAGGGCUGGGUUGUGGGAGUGGAAAACCUUUUUCUUGUAUCUUUCUCUCCACUUGUAUCUCAUGAAAUCUGUAUUCCAGACUUGGAAGGGAACAUAACCUUCCCAUUUCAUAAAGGGGAAACUGAGGUACAUAUGAGCAGGCUUGGGGACUGCCGUUCUUGCACCUUCCAUCUGAGCCACCUCAGGGCCCCAAUGCUCCUGUCACCCUCUUGUCCCUUGGCCUAAGACAGAAUGUGUAAAUCUUUCCCAAUAAAGUGUUGCACAAAGA